CGGCCCAGCGGACUGACGGACGCGCACGGACGCGGCCCCUCCCUGCCGCCGCCCGCCCGGGGCGCCCACCUCGCCGGCGCCGGGCCCGGGAGCGAUGACAUCGACGGGGAAGGACGGCAGCGGGGCGCAGCACGCGCAGUAUGUGGGGCCCUACCGGCUGGAGAAGACGCUGGGCAAGGGGCAGACAGGCCUCGUGAAGCUGGGGAUUCACUGUGUCACGUGCCAGAAGGUGGCUGUCAAGAUCGUCAACCGCGAGAAGCUCAGCGAGUCUGUACUGAUGAAGGUGGAGCGGGAGAUUGCCAUCCUGAAGCUGAUCGAGCACCCCCAUGUCCUCAAGCUGCACGACGUCUAUGAAAACAAAAAAUAUUUAUACCUGGUGCUAGAACACGUGUCUGGUGGGGAGCUCUUCGACUACCUUGUCAAGAAGGGGAGGCUGACCCCCAAAGAGGCUAGAAAGUUCUUCCGGCAGAUCAUCUCUGCGCUAGACUUCUGCCACAGUCACUCCAUAUGCCACAGGGAUCUGAAACCAGAAAACCUUCUGCUGGACGAGAAGAAUAACAUCCGGAUCGCGGACUUCGGGAUGGCGUCGCUGCAGGUUGGCGACAGCCUGCUGGAGACGAGCUGCGGGUCCCCCCACUAUGCCUGCCCGGAGGUGAUCCGGGGGGAGAAGUACGAUGGCCGCAAGGCAGACGUGUGGAGCUGCGGCGUGAUUCUGUUCGCCCUGCUUGUGGGGGCGCUGCCCUUCGACGACGACAACCUGCGGCAGCUGCUGGAGAAGGUGAAGCGGGGCGUGUUCCACAUGCCGCACUUCAUCCCGCCCGACUGCCAGAGCCUGCUGCGCGGCAUGAUCGAGGUGGACGCCACGCGGCGCCUCACGCUAGAGCACAUUCAGAAACACAUUUGGUAUAUAGGAGGCAAGAACGAGCCCGAGCCGGAGCAGCCCAUCCCCCGCAAGGUGCAGAUCCGCUCGCUGCCCAGCCUGGAGGACAUCGACCCCGACGUGCUGGACAGCAUGCACUCGCUGGGCUGCUUCCGGGACCGGAACAAGCUGCUGCAGGACCUGCUGUCCGAGGAGGAGAACCAGGAGAAGAUGAUUUACUUCCUCCUCCUGGACCGGAAAGAAAGGUAUCCGAGCCACGAGGACGAGGACCUGCCGCCCAGGAACGAGAUAGACCCUCCCCGGAAGCGCGUGGACUCCCCAAUGCUGAACCGGCACGGCAAGCGGCGGCCUGAGCGCAAGUCCAUGGAGGUGCUGAGCGUGACGGAUGGCGGCUCCCCGGUGCCUGCGCGGCGGGCCAUCGAGAUGGCCCAGCACGGCCAGAGUAAAGCAAUGUUCAGUAAAAGCCUGGAUAUCGCUGAAGCCCACCCCCAAUUCAGCAAAGAAGACAGGAUGGCAGGUGCCGGCGCCCAGGGGUCUAGGUCCAUCAGCGGCGCUUCCUCAGGCCUCUCCACCAGCCCACUCAGCAGCCCCCGGGUGACCCCUCACCCCUCUCCGAGGGGCAGUCCCCUCCCUACCCCCAAGGGGACGCCUGUGCACACGCCCAAGGAGAGCCCGGCCGGCACGCCCAACCCCACGCCACCGUCCAGCCCCAGCGUGGGAGGGGUGCCCUGGAGGACACGGCUCAACUCCAUCAAGAACAGCUUCCUGGGGUCACCCCGCUUCCACCGCCGGAAACUGCAAGUUCCGACGCCCGAGGAGAUGUCCAACCUGACCCCGGAGUCGUCCCCAGAGCUCGCCAAAAGGUCCUGGUUUGGGAACUUCAUCAGCCUGGAGAAGGAGGAACAGGUCUUCGCGGUCAUCAAGGACAAGCCGCUGAGCUCCAUCAAAGCCGACAUCGUCCACGCCUUCCUGUCGAUCCCCAGCCUCAGCCACAGCGUCAUCUCCCAGACGAGCUUCCGGGCCGAGCACAAGGCGACGGGGGGCCCGGCGGUGUUCCAGAAGCCCGUCAAGUUCCAGGUGGACAUCACCUACACCGAGGGCGGGGCGGCGCAGAAGGAGAACGGCGUCUACUCCGUCACGUUCACGCUCCUGUCAGGCCCGAGCCGCCGCUUCAAGAGGGUCGUGGAGACCAUUCAGACCCAGCUGCUGAGCACACAUGAGCAGCCUUCUGCCCAGCACUUGUCAGACACCACUAACUGUAUGGAAAUGAUGACGGGGAGGCUUUCCAAAUGUGGCAGCCCAUUGAGUAACUUCUUUGACGUAAUUAAACAACUUUUUUCAGACGAGAAGAACGGGCAGGCGGCCCAGGCCCCCAGCACGCCCGCCAAGCGGAGUGCCCACGGCCCACUCGGGGACUCCGCGGCCGCUGGCCCCGGCCCUGGAGGGGACGCCGAGUACCCAGCGGGCAAGGACACGGCCAGGACGGGGCCGCCCGCCGCCCGCCGAGAGCAGCCUUAGACACAUAGCCCCCUCCCCCUGCACGGCCCCGACAGUGGCCCCCAGGCCGCCUCGCCGCCCGCUCGCCCGCCCGCCGCCCGCCCGGUGUGGACCCGGGGCUGCGCCCGUCUGUCCGUCUAGACUGUUGUGAAGCCGGGGAGGAAAGGAAAGGGGGCACCGGGGGCCACAGCCGCGGCUGGGCCACCCGCGCCCGCUCUCUCUUUCUCUCGCUGUCUCUCUCCCUGCCUGUCUCUGACAACGCCACUGUUUCCGCUCUGAUACCAGGAAUUAUCCCGAAAAGUUAACAUGUCAUCUCCACGAGGCCGUCCUCCGUGCUCUGCACCGGAUACCGGCUGACCGAAGGCAGCUGCCGUGGACCUGCCCUCUCUCCUCUCCUGCUGCUGCCGCCCACUGGGCAGUGAGGCCCUGCCCGCCCGCCAGCUCUGCCCAGUUUCAGCUCCGCAUGGCCACGGGGAGGAGGACCCGGCCCCGACGGGAGGCCGCCUCGGGCCCACCCGACUGGACGCGCGGUGACCAGUGCCCCCGGCGGGUCCGGCCAGCCUCCGGGGCAGGCCCAAGGGGGUGAAGCAGCCGUCUGGCCCGGCCGGCACGGCCUCUCCUCAGCACGUCCCCUCCCUGCUGCUCCCUCCUCGUCCACGUCCAUGCACCUCAGCGCCGCCCACCUGCCUCGCCGCAUCCCACCCCCCCAGCUCCCCGGGGGCUGCAGGUGGAAAGAAACCCUGGGGGCCCCGCAGCACCUGCCCACCUGCCCACCCGCCCGCCCGAGGGCAGGCCGAGAUCAGUAUUAUUUACUUGCUGUUUUAACUUAUUGAGUUUCUUUACUUCUCCGUUCAGGGAAGGGGCAGCAGCAGCGCCGUCCUGCCGUCUGUCUGUGUGUGUGUCUUGGGCAGGGUGGGGUCUGGGCCAAGGUGCCCCGUGGACAGAGCGGUCGGGGUGCCGGGGCCGCGGGGGCAGCCGGCCGAUGCAGCGCCGGCAAGCUACUGUAAACUUUAAAGAAUUCCUGCAAGAUAUUUUUAUAAACUUUU